AUGGCUACAUCACCUGGUGUGGCGCGUGGCAAACGAGAAUGGCAGUCCAGCAAGGAAAGCAACCAGAUGCCAUCGGACUACAGGCAAAUUGGAAGCAGUGUUUCUAAAUGCGUCCGCAAAGAUGACCUGGUCGAUGAUGGUAUCGAGGUCGAGCCUUCGAUCGUGGGGUUCUUUAUGAAGACGCCUAAGAAGGGUUCCUCUUACGAGUACAAGAUCCACGUUUGCGCUGCAGACGACUUGAAUGCCAUCGCAUGUGGCCGCACAACGGCCGCCGAUUGUGAACACAUCGGCGACCUGCUGCCUGACGUCACCCUUUUGUGCAAACAUUGUGCGCGUGAACGCCCGGACGUGGCGCGACCCAUGGUGGAUCGCACCAAGUACCCUGAAGAUCAAGUCCCAGAGCUCGCAGUUUGCCAGAUCUUCGGCCGGCAGAAGCUAGAGUCUGACCUGUGCUUGCUCUUGGCGGCUUCGGGUUUGACGUCGAUCGAGCGGCUGGCGAUGCUGGGUGCUUCCAUCUCGUCCGUCAAGACGACCGUAAAGGCGAUCGUGGAUGACGAGACCAAGUUUGGCAAUACUGCGGCGAAGCGAGAGCUCGCGCUCACGCAGCUGGCGGCCGUUUGGAAGGCAGCCUCGACGCUGCAAGAGCACGUCUCUGCUAGAAGGGCCAGGAUGGAAGAGGAGCCCAACAAAGUGCCCGAGAUCCCGGGUGAGGACCACGCGGAGUUUCGGGAAGUCUUUGUUCAAGCACAUCCGGACAUGCUGCUCACGUAUCACCGUGAGCCGCACAGAAAGUUCGUCGAGCGGAUCCACCGGGACUAUAUGGUGCAUGGCGCGGUCGCCUUCUACGAAGUGGCAGAGAUGAGAGUUCGAAGCGAGACGAUCGUCCAGACAGCCAACCUGGCCAAAACGUCUGAAGAUCUAUUGCGGGUCGUUCAAGUUGAUGCAAAGGGCGCCGUGAGCUCCGAGUCGAAUGUCAUGGACCGCUUGCACGCUUUCUUCAUGGCUCUCGAGUACCUGAACGUCUGCGAGUUCUCGACUGCAGCAGGUCCCCUACGCUACCUCGCAGAGCUAGAAGAAUGGAGGCACGAGAAUCGGGGCUGGCGGUCCUGCUGGCAGCCGACCGGCUCAUUCGUUCUCACCAACUACAAGCAGCUGUGGAAUGAUGCGAGAUCGGCUGCUGAGCUCGAGAAGUUUCGGCAGAUCGAAGCUGAAGUGGGGGAGACGCCAAAGAAGCGGGCCAAAGAGAAGGACAGAGAGACGGUUCCUGAGAAGGGAGGCAAGGAGCAGAGGGGCGAUCGCACCAAACAAAAGUCAACCAAGGAUUCCCGUGUUCCGGAGCAAGAAUGGAAGAAGAUCUUGUCGUUCUCCUACUCAGUUGAAGCUGUUUGUUCACAGCUGAAGUCCGAUCGGGGCGAGUCAUCUGCAUGUUGGAAGAAAUGGUCGGAUGUUCCCAGGAAUGUGGCUGAGGUCGCUGUGCGGGGUCCGUUCUUCCUGGAGAUCUUCGCCGGAGAAGCGGGCUUGACGCAGCAACUUCGUGCGCUCGGGGUCCCCACCCUCCCACCCAUCGAGAUUGAAGUUAAGGGCAACGUGCUCCAGGCAGCGGACAUAGAGGAUCCUGAAUUGCUGGCCUUUGUCAUGCAGCUCAUUCGAGUAGGAGCCAUUCGUCUGGUGCAUUUUGGAACCCCAUGCGGUUCUUUCAGCAAUGCAAGGAAGAUCCCGGGUCCAGGCCCCAGGCCGCUUCGUUCGAAAGCGCAUCCUAUGGGGCUCGGGCAGCUAACCAUGAACGAACAGGCUCAGGUCGACACCGGCAAUCGUCUUCUGGCGCUGUCACUCGACCUUAUCGAGUUGCUGCUCGCCGCAGGAUCCGACUUCGUGCUCGAGAAUCCCGCCAACAGCUUGAUGUGGAGAGUCCCACGCUUACGCCAUCUCGUGAAGCGAUGGCGUUUGCAGUGGGUGGUCUGUGAUCAAUGCCAGUUCGGUUCCGAGCACAUGAAGCCGACUGCCUUCCUUGUGUCCCACGCAGCACUCAACGAAGUAGGUGAGUGGGUGUUCCGCGCACGCCAAGCGCAGGUCUAUCCACCGCAGUUGUGUUCGGCCUUGGCUCGCUGCAUUCACCACAUCCUGUGCGGUCGCACGCCCCAGUUUGCCAAGUCCUUCAAGCUGGUGCACCAAGAUGAUGUCCGCAAGCGCCCGCUCGGCGAGGUGUCCCACCCGUUCUCUGUUCCUCCGCCACUGACAGAGACUAUGCUACGGAACAUCAACCUUGUGGCUCUCCAGGGUCAUGCAUUACAGCCUCUUGGAUUGAACAAGUACCUGAUCGGCACCUUCGAUGCUUGCUUCGCGGCGCUCCGGACGGUCAUCCAUGUGAACUCGGAAGCAAUGGAUCGGGCCUGGGAGAUUCGAAGGAAGGUCAUUCUCCGAGCGGACAGCGUCCCUGUCUCGGACGAUCUACGUUCGCUGUGGGCAUCGUCAGCGGCAGGACCUUUCUCUUCGAUCGAGGAGGUGUCUCAGUUUGUGGGAGCGGACAACUGGAUCCCCACUCAGCGGUUCGCAGUGGUGCAGAAGAAUAAGGUCCGAGGAUGCGAUAGCGCUACUGUGAAUUUGAUCAACCGCAUCACCGAGAUCGUAGAGAAGCUCCAGCUGCCGUCCACGGACUUGAACGUGGCGGCUUUGCGCGAGCUCAGGACGCGCUGUGGUGGCAAGAAGAUGCGGGGGUGGGUCCUGGAUGAGAGGAAAGCCUAUCGGCAGGUUCCGAUAGCCCCUGGCCACCGCAAGUUCAGCGUGAUCUGUCUAAAGGACCCCUCCUCGGGCGUGACAAAGUUCUUCGUGAUGAUAGGUCACUCUUUCGGCCUCGUCUCGGCGGUGUACAACUACAACCGCCGUUCGGCGGCCGUUAACGAGAUCCUCGAGAAGAUCUUCGGGCUCGUGUCCUUUAACUUCUACGACGACAAGUACGGUUUCGAGACCGAGGAGACGAUCGACAGCGCCCACGAGGUUGCGAUCACCGUCCACUGGCUUCUAGGAGCACAGUUCGAUGCCAAGAAGCUCCAGAAGACUGCGGCUCCUGUGAUCCUCGGGGUGACGUAUAAUCUGGAGCAGAUGAUUCUCGAGAUCAAGAAAGAGAGGAAGCAGGAGCUCAUCGAGCUGAUCGACUCGUACCUGAUCGCGGGAGUCUUGGACGCUGGCUCGGCGGGCAAGCUCAAACGCCAGUACUCUCGAGAUCAAGGAGGUGAUCGCUCGCUCCUGACGCCCCAGAUCCAUUGGAAGCGGCUCAUCUCGGCAGGACCACCAAGGCCUAUCGACCUGCGAACAGAGCGUAAGGCAGAUGUGGUGGUCUUCACGGAUGGGUUCGCGCCUGACUUCCGGAAGGGCGACGUCGAGCCAGAGCGGAUCGGCAUUGUGGUCUUUGAUAGGAGAUCGCCGGCCCCCUUUCAGGUCUCUGAGCCGAUCCCCGAGAGAGUGAUCAAGAAGUGGAUUCCACGAAAGAGCCAGAUCUUCCCAGUCGAGCUGAUUGCCCCGGUUUUCUGGAACCUCGCUCUUGAGUUAGGCGUGAACGCCUUUAUCGAUCGAAUCUCGACAGAUGCGAAUCCGGCAGACUGGCCGUCGCGGUCGCGUCUGGAGAUCGGUCGCAAUGCAGGGUGGCUGUUGGCUGAAUGUCAGUGGCCGCCCGAGCUCCGUUAA